GAGCAUUCUCAGAAAAAAAAAAAAAAAAAACGAAAGCCAGAGAAGAGAGACAAGAGUCACAGACAACUGGAGAGAAGGAACAAAAGCAAAGCACACGAUGAUCUGACCACAAUUCCCUCCCUCCUCCUCCUUCUCUCUCUUCCUUAUUCUCAAUCUAAAACCCUAGAAUUCCCUAUACACCUCUAUACAAACAAACACAGACACCAAUUCUCUCCUUUACUAUUCAAUUUGUAUCAAACACAUUGCAAUUCCCAUUGAAUCCAAAAUAUGUCUCUGAACAUGAAGACCCUACAGCAAGCCCUGGCCAAGGCCGGCGCGGUGAUCGAGAAGACGGUACAGACGACGGUCCAGGAAGUCGCCGGGCCCAGGCCUCUUCAGGACUACGAGCUCUUCGACCAGAUCGGCUCCGCCGGACCCGCCCUGGUCUGGAAACUCUACUCCGCCAAGGCCGCGCGCGGAGGCCAACAUCAGUAUCCCACUGUCUGCGUCUGGGUGCUGGAUAAGAAGGGUCUCUCGGAGGCGCGUGUGCGGGCCGGGCUGUCCAAGGCGGCGGAGGAUGCUUUUUUGGAUAUCAUUAGGGCCGAUGCGGCGAGGCUGGUGCGGCUGAGGCACCCCGGGGUGGUGCACGUGGUGCAGGCUUUAGAUGAGAACAAGAAUGCCAUGGCGAUGGUGACGGAGCCGUUGUUUGCGUCUGUGGCCAAUGCAGUUGGGAAUGUGGAGAAUAUGGUCAAGGUUCCGAAGGAGCUUAAAGGAAUGGAAAUGGGUUUGUUGGAAGUGAAGCAUGGUUUGCUCCAGAUAGCUGAGUCCUUGGACUUUCUCCAUAACAAUGCGCAUCUUAUUCAUCGAGCUAUAUCACCCGAGAAUGUGUUUAUUACAUCAAGUGGAGCUUGGAAGCUUGGUGGAUUUGGUUUUGCAAUCUCAACAGAUCACGCCUCAGGCAAUAUGAAUGUUCCGGAAUUUCAUUAUGCAGAGUAUGAUGUUGAGGACUCUGUACUUCCACUUCAGCCAUCGCUGAAUUACACUGCUCCUGAACUUGCUAGGAGUAAAGCAUCUUCAGCCGGAUGUUCUUCUGAUAUUUUCAGCUUUGGAUGUCUUGCCUACCACUUGAUUGCACGCAAACCUUUGUUUGACUGCCACAAUAAUGUCAAGAUGUACAUGAAUACCUUAAGUUAUUUAUCUAGUGAAGCCUUCUCCUCUAUUCCUCCUGAGUUAGUUCCUGACUUGCAAAGGAUGAUCUCUACAAAUGAGUCUUUCAGGCCAUCAGCAAUUGAUUUUACAGGAUCUCCAUUUUUCCGGGAUGACACUAGGUUGCGUGCUCUUCGUUUUCUCGACCACAUGCUCGAAAGGGAUAACAUGCAGAAAUCUGAGUUCCUAAAAGCAUUGUCUGAUAUGUGGAAAGAUUUUGAUGCUCGUGUAUUGCGCUAUAAGGUACUGCCUCCUCUUUGUGCAGAACUGAGGAAUUUGGUAAUGCAACCGAUGAUUCUGCCUAUGGUUCUCAUGAUUGCUGAGUCUCAGGAUAAAGAUGAUUUCGAGCUAUCUACAUUGCCAGCUCUUGUUCCUGUCCUGAGCACGGCUGUGGGUGACACAUUGUUGCUGCUUUUGAAGCAUACAGAUCUCAUAAUCAACAAGACUAUUCCAGAUCACUUGAUAUUACAUGUCCUUCCCAUGAUUGUUCGAGCUUAUGAAGAGAAUGAUGCCCGCAUACAGGAGGAGGUUUUGAAAAGAUCUGCUUCCCUUGCUAAGAAACUUGAUCUUCAGCUAGUGAAACAAGUUAUUUUGCCUCGCGUUCAUGGCCUAGCUCUGAAAACAACCGUCGCUGCGGUGAGAGUCAAUGCUUUGCUUUGUUUAGGAGAACUGAUUCACACACUUGAUAAGCGUGCUAUUCUAGAUAUUUUGCAAACAAUUCAGCGAUGUACAGCCGUUGACCGCUCUGCUCCUACUCUUAUGUGUACUCUUGGCGUGUCAAACUCGAUCCUUAAGAAGCAUGGGGUAGAGUUUGUUGCAGAGCAUGUCCUCCCAAUAAUCAUACCACUUCUUACUGCCCAGCAAUUAAAUGUUCAGCAGUUUGCCAAGUAUAUGCUUUUUGUCAAGGAUAUUCUGAGGAAGAUAGAGGAAAAACGGGGGGUUACUGUGACGGAUUCUGGAAUCCCAGAGGUAAAGCCAUCUUUAUCUGCCAAUGGGCUCCAGUCCCAAGUCCAUUCCCAAGUCUCAAGUAACAUAAGCGGAAAUGUUUCCAGUGCUACAAAUAGCCGUCCAGCGUGGGACGAAGAAUGGGGUCCGAUUAGAAAGCAGCCUUCCAAUUCCCUCCAGAAUUCUACAAAUAGUGCUACCCCCAGUAAUACCCUAAUGGGUAAUGAACCAAUUCAAUUAAGCUCCUCACAACCAAAUUCAUUCUUACAAGCUGCAGUAUCGAGUCAGCAAACUGCCGCAUCAUGCCCCCCGGUUGAUAUUGAGUGGCCUCCUCGGGCACCAUCUGGUGUAACCCCUCAGUUUGAUGAUGCUGAGAAGAAAUCAAAUGCAGGAGUGUCACCCACUUCAAGUUUUGAUGACAUUGAUCCUUUUGCCAACUGGCCCCCACGGUCUAGUGGCUCAGUAGGUGGUUCUGGCCCUUCCAACAAUGGGGCAAUGGGAUUUCCAACGAAUAAAUAUGGUUCCAAUUCACUCUCAAGUACAUCAAAUAGCAUGAACUUGAAAAGCAAUAGCAAUAACAGUUGGACCUUCGACACCCAGAGUUCUAUUGAGCAAAUAAGACUGAAUCAAGGCAAUGCAACUUCCAAUACUGGUAGUCUGGGUAACUCAGGUUUCAGCUCCCAGGAUUCUCUUGGAUAUAUGAAACAGAAUCAGGCAAUACCGGCUUCAAGUGCUUAUACAAAUAAAAAUUCAGCCGAUCUAGGAUCAAUAUUUGCUUCUGCCAAGAAUGACCAGACAGCACCUAGACUUGCUCCACCUCCUUCAACUACUGUGGGUCGAGGAAGAGGAAGAGGGAGGGGUGCUAGUUCAGUCUCUCGGUCCAGCCAUGCCAAAUCGUCAACUGAACAGCCUCCCCUUUUGGAUCUACUAUAAGUUUCUCAUGCAUGGUUGUACCUUCACUAAUGUUGAAAAGCCCACAGCAAAAGAUUUGCAAAUGGCAUUUGUAGAGUAGUCCUGCCAUGCUGUGUGGAGAGUGGGGAGACUGGUUUUGUAAAUGAUUUUGGGAUGCCAUGUCUCAUUCAUAGCGAGGCAACUGCGGCAACAGCUCUGGAGGACGGCAAGGUUUGUUUUUUUCGAUGACAGAUGGCAAGGUUUGUUAUGUAAUUGUCUGUUGUGCUUGGCUUGUAUUUUAUUGUGAUUGGCACCAAAUUUUGCAUAGUUUAAUUCAAUUCUUCUGGAUAGUGUAUUCUUAGUUGCAAGCCCAUCGACAGUGACUGGGUUUCAAAUUAAUAAGAGAUUGAAGUUGGCUAAAUGA